AUGCAUUAUAGGCUUUACUCUGCUGCUGUUAUCUUCAACAGAUAUCUCGUGCGGCCUUCUCUCCCCCUGUGGCGCAGCAUCGGCAGCAGCAGCAGCAGCAGCAGCACCAGCUUCGAGAAGAUCCGCAACAGCAGCAACAACAACAGCAGCACUAGGAACAUCGGCAGCAUCCGGAGCAUCUGCAUCUGCAACUGCAACUGCAGCAGCAGCAGCAGCAGCAGCAGUGGCGUCUGCAGCAGCAGCUUGAUCCCCGUCGUGCGUAACUCGCAAUUGCGUUUCUUGUUGGGUUUUCUUCUGUCUCCUUUUGCUCUUUAUAGAAUGGGGGAUGCUGCAAAUGUCUGCGGGGUUGCAGCUAAGGAGAGAGGCAUUUCUUCUUUGCGUGCAGCAGCAGAGGCUUUAGCUGCUUCAGACACCUCAGCUCCCCCCAGGAGCCCUAGCGGGAGAUCUCUCUCUCCGCCUCAGUGGCAGUCUCCUCCUCAGGCUGCUGCUUCUCCUGCUGCUCUUGCUGCUCCUGCUGCUGCUGCUGCUGCAACAGCUGCUACUGGUGCUACUGCUCUCUCCUUAGAGCCGCAGCUGCUCGUCAUAGCAGGGCCCAGCGGUGUAGGAAAGGGUACGCUUGUGAGGAGACUGCGGCAGCACUGGCCAGAGUGUCUCUCUCUGGUGUCUCCUCCCCUCUUGAAGUGCCCCCUAUAG